GGGCAGUCGCCAGAAGAAGCCACCGCAGCAUGUACCUCCGCGUCAAGCGCCGCCAGCAGACGUUCUUCGUGCUCACGGAGCCGCACGAGGCCUUUGUCAAGAUCAAGGAAACGAUCGCGUCCAUCUUGGGCCUGCCCGGGCCCGGCCACAUCCAGCUGUGGCACACCAACAAGCAAAAGGAGCUCUUGGACGUGGCGACUGUCGCCGACCAAGAGCUCGAGAACGACGCUGUGAUUUACCUCUGCCUCAAGAAAGAGAAUACCGAGCAGUGGGAAGACAUCCAAGUCGCCAAGCUCGAGCUCGACCACGACAACAACAACAACCGCGCCGCUGUCGAGUGAGGCGACUGUGGCGCCGUUGCUGGUCGUAAGGAGCCACUUAAUAUAGUUCGAUAUUUCACGUCC